AUGGCGACAUUGGAGCUACGUUUUGGCGAUCCCGAUCACAUCCUGACCCGUUUGAUACAAGACCUCAAGAAACUUCAAUCUGUGUCAAAUGAUUACCCGAAGGAUAUAGUGAUAUUUUCUAUCAAAGUACAGAAUUUUGUGGAAGCUGUACGUGCAGUCGGCAGAGAGGAGUACAUUCAAGGUAUGAGUACAGUGUCUAUCAUACUAUCUAAGUUGCCGACGGUACUCCUUUCAAAGUGGUCAGAUUACAGCUUCCCACUAAUACAAGCCAAAACUAAUAAGUCACGAUUAGAAAUGUUGUCUGAAUUUUUGAACGCAGAGGCAAUAAAAGUAUCUGCGACUGCAAAUAUUUACGCUCUGAAUGCACGCACAGAAAGCUUUAAAUAUAAGCAAAACGACAACAGUAACACUAGAUCACAUACUGUUUUAUUACAAACUGACAAGCAAAGCGAUGAUACGCAGUGUCAGUUUUGUCGUGCAUCGAAACACAAACUCACUGAUUGCAAAAAGUUCAAGAAGUCGUUAUGCAAAGUGAGAUGGCAACAUGUUAAACGCUACGGUAUUUGUUUCAAAUGUUUGGAGGCGAAACACCUGCGAGACACCUGCCCCGCGCCGGCCUGCGAUAAGGACGACUGUGGCCGCGCGCAUCACAACUUGCUUCAUUACUCGAACAAUAAACAUAACGGCGAAAGCGCAACACAAGAACACGAAGAAUCGCAAGACACGGCCGAGACAGUGACGCAUGUUAACGCGAGUGUACGUAAAGUGCUAUUAAAAGUGUUACCGGUACGUGUGCAUACGAAUAACGGUGAUUACAUCGACACUAGUGCGUUACUCGACGACGGUUCGACUGUGACUAUGAUAAGCGCCAGGCUCGCCGAUCGGGCCGGGCUGCGCGGGCGCCGCGAAUCUAUGCGUGUGUGCGGGCCGUGGAGCGAUAACGAACUGGUUUACGAUACGACCGUAUUGAACUUGCAACUUUCUGGUAUGGACAAUAAGAUACAUAGUAUUAAAGCACGCAGUGUUAAUGAAUUAAACUUGCCUAUACAAAUGUGUUCUAUUGUAGAUUGUGAUAGGUUUGGUCAUUUAAGAAAUAUUAAAGAUAAAUUGUGUAAUAUUGAUAGUAAGCCCGAGAUUUUAAUAGGGCAAGAUAAUUAUGAUCUAUUGUUACCUUUAAAAGUGAUGUCAGGUAAAUCACAUGAGCCGUCAGCAACACUCACACCUUUGGGCUGGAGCAUUCAUGGUUGUGUAAACAUACCGAGGGGGGCGCGCCGCACGGCCUGCGCUGGCGCGCCGUCCGACGUCGGCGCUGUCCUGCACGUCGCCGAGCCCGAGCUGCUCUCUGAGGAGCGGGAGCUGCAAGCCCUGCAUGAGGAGGUACGUCGAGCUUUUACUUUGGAGGCGAUGGGAGUGGCAGGUAAGCCUAGAGUAAAUGCAGAUGACGCUCGCGCCGUCGAGCAGCUGGAGCGGACCGCUCAGCUGAUUGACGGGAGGUGGCACGUGGGCCUGCCCUGGAACGAUCCCAAUUGUACCAUGCCGGAUACAUACCAUAGUGCACUUAAGAGGUUGGAAGGAGUGGAACGUAAAAUGAAAAAGGACACAGGAUACGCUCAAAGGUAUACCGAAAGGAUAGAUCAUUUAUUAGAUAAUGAUUUUGCCAGGGAACUAGAGGACAGUCAACGCACACAAAGGACGUGGCACCUGCCACAUUUCGGGGUUGACAACCCUAACAAAAGGAAAAUGCGUUUGGUGUUCGAUGCCGCCAACGUUGUUGACGGUUUGUGUUUAAAUGACUAUUUAUUAAAGGGACCGGACCUACUCACCUCACUUUUCGGUAUAAUGCUCAGAUUUAGAGAGAACCAAGUGGCAGUCACAGGUGAUAUUCAGGAUAUGUUCCUUAGAAUCAAGAUUUUAUCACGUGACCAGAACGCCUUUAGGUUUCUAUGGAGAGACAACCCCACGGAUAACGUACGUACCUACGCGAUGACGUCACUUUUGUUUGGUGCGAAGUGUUCGCCCUUCAUUGCUCAAUUCGUUAAAAAUAAAAACGCGCAACGAUUUGAGUCCUCGAUGCCGGCAGCCGUCGAUGCUAUUAUUGGUUCUCAUUAUAUGGAUGAUUAUAUACAAAGUUUGCCGGACGAGGAAACGGCGAUCGAGAUGGUAAGAAACAUUUCAAACAUUCACAAACAAGGUGGUUUUGUCAUGCGAAAUUGGACCAGUAACAGCGUGGCAGUACUAAACUCCGUACCAAAAGAAACUUUAGGAACCGAGGCCGUAAAGUUUAAAGUUGAUCAGCAAUGUGACGGCGAACGCACACUUGGACUUUUAUGGUAUCCAAGUACGGACGAAUUAGCGUUUGACGUUUCAUUUAAACGUAUUCCUGAUAGUAUCGUGCAAGGUAAAGAAAGGCCGACCAAAAGGAUUAUGCUUCGUGUUGUUAUGUCAAUUUUUGACGUAUAUGGAUUCCUUUCUCCUUUUACUAUUCAAGGUAAGAUAAUGCUGCAGGAUACUUGGCGUUUAAGGGUUGGCUGGGAUGACUCCAUUCCAUCCGAUUUAUUUAAUAGAUGGCUUAAAUGGAUUAAACUGCUACAGUUAAUUGAUAAGAUUCGUGUACCGAGAUGUUAUCACCGCGCCGCCGUAAGUGCGAGCGAGACAACAAACGAACCUUUCACAGCUGGCUCCGUAGCAUUCUCCUCUAGCGCUACGAAUGUGACUACGGAUGCGCUUACGCAAGCGGCUGACUACGGCGAAAUGUGCUACGAUACGCGAGCCUGUGCUACGAAAGACUUAGUAUCAAUGCAAUGUUAUAGAAACCUACAGUUGCAUUUAUUUAGUGACGCCGGGCAAAAGGCGCUGUCCGCUGUCGCAUACUGGCGUUGGAUUUCUGCGGAUAAUAAGAUAUGCGUUUGUUUAAUCGCUAGCAAAUCCAGGGUUGCGCCCGUUAAACCAGUAACUAUGCCGCGUCUUGAGCUGCAGGCGGCGUUGUUGGCAGCGAGACUCGCUCACACUAUUAUUACAGAGCAUCAGUUAUCGCCCGAGCGACGCUUCUUUUGGUGCGAUUCUACUACCGUAUUGCACUGGCUACGUAACAACACGCGCACGUAUAAAACGUUUGAAGCAAACCGACUCGGAGAGAUUGAUGAUCUCACAAGUGUGUCAGAAUGGAGGUACGUACCUACGAAACUAAACAUAGCGGAUAUAGCAACACGAGAUGAUUUCAAUUAUGAUUUGUUUAUAAAUCAAUGGUUCCGCGGACCUCAGUUCUUGUACGAGGAUAUGGAAAACUGGCCGCGCGAUGUUGUAGAACCUGAAAAUGAAAAUUUUAGUAAGCCUACUACAGAUUAUAUAGGAAUUGUACAUAAUGAAUUUGACUUACCCGUUCCGGACUCCAGGCUAUUCUCUUCUUGGCUCCGGCUGGUGAGGUCUGCUGCUGCUGUCCUGAAAUUCAUUAGUAGAUGUAGAAAACUUACCAAUGUCGAUGACAGCGCUUUGAUGAAACGAGCGGAGUGCCUGUUACUACGAAAGGCUCAAGUGGAUUCAUUUGGCACUGAAAUAAAUCAUCUUAAAAAUGGUAAGUGCAUACCGCGCGAUAGUAGACUUCGCAAUUUGUCGCCAUAUUUAGAUGAGCAAGGGCUUCUUCGUGUAGGCGGCCGCAUCGAUGCUGUUUCCGAUGUUGCCUUGGAAACCAAAAGGCCUUACAUCCUCGAUGGACGGCACCCGACUGCUAAACUCAUAGUCCGGCACUACCACGUGAAAGCGGCACAUGGAAACCAAGAGGCGGUUGUCAACCACUUGAAACAGGUGUACUGGAUAAUUAGAAUACGCCCAACGGUAAAGGACGUCGCGUCAAAGUGUUUCUUCUGCCGACUGAGAAAGGCCAAACCUUGCGUACCUAGGAUGGGAGAUUUACCUGAAGCGCGGAUGGCUCAUCAUCAGCGACCAUUUACCUUCUGCGGUAUAGAUCUCUUCGGUCCUAUGGAGGUCGUAGUAGGCAGGCGACGCGAGAAGAGAUACGGCGUUUUAUUUACUUGCCUUACAGUUCGCGCUAUUCACAUUGAGAUCGUGCAUUUCCUCACAACUGACUCCCUGAUAAUGGCCCUUCGCCGUAUGGCAUGUCGAAGAGGUUGGCCACGACACAUAUACUCAGAUAACGGGACCAACUUGCGAGGUGCGGACGUUGAGCUCCGCAAGGCUAUGCAGGAACUUGAUGAAGAGGCAUUAGGUGCGGAAGCAUUGAACAGCGGCGCUCAGUGGACCUUUAUACCCCCGGGCAGUCCCCAUUGGGGUGGGGCAUGGGAACGCUUGAUACGUAGUGUUAAGUCGUCUCUUCGAGUAAUUCUAAAGGAACGAGCCCCUAAAGACGAGGUGCUGAGAACGCUCUUGAUAGAAGUGGAAAAUAUAGUCAAUGGGCGACCGUUAACCCAUGUCUCAGUAGAACCGGGUGCUCCUGAGUCUUUAACUCCCAACCAUUUCCUCAUUGGUUCGUCCACCAACCUACCGAUCGCAGGAGCCUUUGACGACUCGGACUUGUUUCUCAGAAAGCAGUGGCGGCAGGCGCAAAAGUUAGCCGACAUGUACUGGCAGCGAUGGGUUAAGGAAUACUUACCAACUUUAAUCCCCAGGUCUAAGUGGCAUCAGGAACGAAAGCCCUUGAAAGAAGGUGAUUUGGUAUUUAUUGCAGACUCUGAUUCUCCUAGGAACGUGUGGCCUCGAGGUAUUAUAGCAAAGGUAUUUCCAGGAAAGGACGGCCGAGUUCGUGUCGUGGAGGUGCGGACGUCGGGCGGUGUGCUGCGCAGGUCCGCGGCGCGAGUCGCUCCGGUGCCCUUAGGUAUGGAGUGCUGA